GGCGGUGGUGGGUGGCUGGUUCGCAGGCGGCGUCCUCGGCCUGUCUCCUGGCGCACUGCCGCACUGGAGUGGAGCAGGAGCUGAGGAGCGGCAGGCAAGCAGCCAACGCCCAGCAGCGAGCCUGCAGGCAAGCAGCAAGAACCAUGUGACCCCCCACCAAAAAGACAUCAGGUGCUCUGAGUUUGCUCCAGAGCCAUGUGAACCCCCACCAAAGGAUUUCCUGCAAUGUGCUUCUCGCUGACCAUCGAAACAGAGAGCUUCAUGUCUGCCUAGUACUAGCAACUAAAGAGCUCGCUAGUAAGAUGGCAUCCAUGAUUGCCUCGUCCAAGGUGGUUACACUUGGUGCACUGAUCUUCCUCCUCCUUGUCUCGUAUGGCUCAUGCACUAGGAUCGUCAACUUCAAUGCCUCCCACAUCACCGCGGACCCCUACUGGGUGGCUGCCAGGGCCACUUGGUAUGGUGCGCCAACCGGCGCUGGCCCCUACGACAAUGGUGGGGCUUGCGGGUUCAAGAACGUGAACCUGCCUCCUUUCUCGGCCAUGACGUCGUGCGGUAACCAGCCCCUAUUCAAGGAUGGCAAGGGCUGCGGCUCGUGCUACCAGAUAAGAUGCCUCAACCACCCUGCGUGCUCCGGCAACCCGGAGACGGUGGCGAUCACGGAUAUGAACUACUACCCAGUCGCCAAGUACCACUUUGACCUCAGCGGCACGGCGUUUGGGGCCUUGGCACAGCCCGGCCGCAACGACGAGCUCCGCCACGCCGGCAUCAUCGACAUCCAGUUCAAGAGGGUGCCCUGCAUCUACCCCGGGCUGACAGUAACCUUCCACAUCGAGCACGGCUCAAACCCCGUCUACUUCGCAGUGCUUGUUGAGUUUGAAGAUGGAGACGGCGAUGUGGUCCAGGUGGACCUCAUGGAGGCCAACUCCGGGUGGUGGACGCCGAUGCGGGAGUCAUGGGGAUCCAUCUGGAGGCUGGACUCCAACCACCGGCUCAGAGCGCCCUUCUCGCUGCGCAUCACCAACGAGUCCGGCCAGAAGCUGGUGGCGUACCAGGUCAUCCCGGCCAAUUGGGCGCCCAACACUUACUACCGCUCCAACAUCCAGUACCAGGCUAUGAGCUCUGGUGCUGGACUGGAUAUGAGCUCUGGUGCUGGACUGGAUAUAAGCUCUACUGCUGGGCUGGUUAUUAGCUCUGCUGCUGGGCUGGACACGAAAAUUCUCGGGAUCAGUGGCUUGAUUUGUUUGGUAUUGUUUAGUUUGCAUGGGAUUGAGGUGCCUUAGUUGAUUAGCAGGUGACAGUGACAUGUCGGGUGCCCUAUGUUGUAGGUGGUGUUGUGUGUCUUGAGAGAUUUGACGACUGGAAGGUAAUCCUGUCCCGGAGAGAGUUGGAGGCGCGCCCCGACACGUCCGACCUGCCGGAGGCAUUGUCGGUUGAGAGCUUCAUCUUUCCGAAAAAAAUUGAACCCAAAUAAUUUUCCUAUAAAUUUCUUUGAUUACUC